GGUGGUGUGUCUUCUAGAGUGUGUGGUGACCAGCGCCAUCACCCCAGCAGGAGUCAUGAUCCUUGAAAGGGUCAGAAGUGGGGUGUAAAAUGUCUGAACCCCAACUCCAUCUCAAAUCUCUUAGGAUGGGGUUCCCCCACCAGAGAGUCUGCACCUCUGAUCAAAGCCUUCAGCUGGCCCAUGGUAGCAUUUUGGGACAGUGGUGGUAAGAAUGGGCUAAGGGCAGCGGGAGGGCAGUGCCCCAGAGAGAUGGUGUCUUCUUCCCCGGGUUCUCCUUCAGUGUCCCCUUGACUGGAAUUCUGGUGGAAUGGUCUGUGCACAGAGACCAAUCCAAAAGUCUUCUCUGAAGACCCCUCCUAUCACCCUAAACCCAGAGAGAAACUGAACUCCAGCUCUUCUGAAAUCAGCACAGCCCAAUGAUUGGUGGCCCUGGCUCCUAGGCUGGCUUGGGAAGGAAGGGUACAGAACCACUCCUGGGUGGGAACGGAGGACACAGGUUUUGGACGCCUAGAGCCCCAGUAGCCAGUGGCAGGAGCAAAAGGCAGUGCUGCAGUAAGGGCGGUCCCCUAAUCUCCAGGACUGCAGACUCCUGUGCCUUUGCCUCCGACACAGUUCCACUCACAUUUGCCUCACUUCGGUCGUCGCUUCCUUGGCAGUCAGCUCGGAUCCGUAGAGACGCCCACACACUCCCCGCCCCUGCAACCCCAGCCCAAGGGUGGUUGGGGUGGGGUGGAGGCCACCUCUCCCAGACUUCAUUCCCACGGCCUGGUGUCCAGCGCUCCGGUCGCAGGAGGGUUAACCUCGUGGGGGUGGGGACUCUGGAGCGGUCGGCAAAGGGAGGGAGGGGACAGGAGGCGACCCAAGGCGCGGGGAGCCGGCCGGCUGGCCUAGGUCAGGCCUCAGAGGCCGCUGGAGCCCCGUGUGUCGCAGGCCACCGGGCAACCACUGGGGUACACGCUGCGCGCUGCGAGGGGUCCACCGCAGAUCCCAGGCCCCAAACUUCAAGUCGGAAAGGGUGAGACGCUGGGCAUAAAGACAGGUGGCAACCUGUCUGGACGCUGCCCUCCUCCCUGAGGACCGCCACCUCCACCCUACUGAAUCUCAGCCCUUACUCCGGCCACUAUAUUGCCUUUGGCCCGUGAUGAAGCGGGGAGGCGGUGGUCCCACGGCGGCCCCAGAGGCCGAGCUGGGCGACGUGCCCCUGGUACUGCCGCGGCCCAGGGCCUGUCCCGCUGACGUGCGGCUCUGCGGCCACCUUCGGAAGCAGAAGUCCCAGCGCCGCCGCUUCUUCGUGCUGCGCGCGGAUCCGCCGAGCCUAGAGUGCUACGAGAGCGAGAAGAAGUUCCGCGCCGGCCGAGCGCCGCCCAAGCUCAUCGUGAGCCUGGCGGGCGCGUGCACCAUCAGCACGCGCGUGGACGCGCGCCAGCGCCACCUGAUCCUCCUGUACACGCGUGACCGCAGCCUGGGCGUGGUGGCGGCCUGCGAGGCGGAGCAGCAGGCGUGGUACAGCGCCCUGCUUGAGGUGCGCGCCACCGCGGGUCCCAGCUUUCACGAGGACCCCAGGGCCUGGAUCCUUGCUCCAUUUCAGGACGUCUGGCCCGUGACGCUGCGGCCCAAGGGACUGGGGAGGACACGAGGCCUGGGCAGCGGCCGCUAUCGCCUGUGCCUGGGUUCGGGGGUGCUGAGCCUGCUGCGGAAGCCCAAGGGCAGAGGCUCUCGGGACACCCAGGCUUCGCCGCCGCCGGCCCUGCGCCUAUCGCUGCUCAGCGUGCGCCGCUGCGGCCACGCAGACUCCCUCUUCUUCCUGGAACUCGGCCGCUCGGCGCCCACGGGCCCGGGGGAGCUGUGGCUACAGGCGCCGGAUGCCGUGGUGGCCCAAAGCAUUCACGAGACCGUACUGGCCGCCAUGAAGCGACUCGGGGAUGAUGAUGCCGGUGGCAGGACUGAGCCACUGCCAAGGGAUCCCCCGACGAGCUCUUACAGACCCUCUGUCUCCCAACCUUAUGCGACCCUGGCCUCGGCAGCCCAAUCAAGCAGCCUGAGCCAUCGCGGGAGCAUGGGUGAGAGGAAGGAGAAAGCAACCCCUGAGACCCUGGCAGGGCUGGCAACUGCAGCUUUGCACCCUGGGGAAUUGGAGCAGAGCGGGGGCUACGUAGCCAUGGGAGCUGGGAGCAACUACGAGCCCAUGGGGGGUGGCCAAGCAGGUGGUUACAUGGUGAUGGCACCCCCGGGCCUUGUGGCCUUUGCCCAUGCCCCUCCCCACCAGCAGCUCCAGGGGUGCGGGGGCACUGAAUACGUGCCCAUGAGCCACUUUCUGCCAGGGUCCUUUUCCUUGAGCUCCCUGCCCCGUUCCUAUACACCCAGGCCCAGGAGGCCGGGACCUUCUUUCCAAGGCCCCCCUCCCGCCGUCGGGGAAUGUUGGGGACCGACAGGGGCUCAUCCCUGCUUGCAACCACCUUCGGAGCUAGCAGGAGAGUAUGUGUGCAUCAGGUACAUGGCCCCACACCACUUAGGAAUGAGCACUGCCAUACAAGACCCGGCCAAAAACCGCCUCAACUAUGUAGACCUGGACCUGGUCCCUCCAUUGGAGGCUCAAGGCGACACCCCGGGGUCCAGCAUUCACCACCCACACAGCUAUGCCCACAUCGACUUCCAGAACCUCAGGGAGGUUCCGGUGAGGAGACACAGGCAGCCCCCUCCAGUCUAGCUGACGGACAGAUGGGGAGGAGGAGAGAGAAAACAAAUGCCUUCCUGCCAGCUCCCCUCAACUCCUCCCCUCACCCUUCCAAACCUGGAGGGACUCUUAGGCACCCCUGCCCCGCCAGGACCUGUGACUUGCAGAGCUCUGAGCUGCCCUUAGGCCUGUUGCCCACUCUGCUCCUUCCAGAUGUGGUGCCUGGGGAAUCUUCAGGAAAAGGUUCCCCAAGAAGCUGGAUUCUUUUAACGAAGAAAAUUCUAGAGCCAUCCUCCCCUCUUCUUGCCCACAAACCCCCAGCAAAGCCCUGAUCCUUUCUCUCCUGGCAGAGUUCCUGAAGCAUCACUCCAGAUUCCCAG